UCCAAAUUUCGUGUUACACGCAGCAGAUCGAAGCCAAGUUCUAGAGAAGAGAAGAUACGAGUAGGAGCACCCAUUCGGGCAAUCAUGGGUGGCGAGCUGAAGGUCCUGGACGCGCUGGACGCGGCCAAGACGCAGUGGUACCACUUCACGGCGAUCGUGAUCGCCGGCAUGGGCUUCUUCACGGACGCCUACGACCUCUUCUCCAUCUCCCUCGUCACCAAGCUCCUCGGCCGCAUCUACUACUUCGAUCCGACCUCCAAAACCCCGGGCACGCUCCCGCCCAACGUCUCGGCCGCCGUGAACGGCGUGGCCUUCUGCGGCACGCUGGCCGGGCAGCUCUUCUUCGGCUGGCUGGGCGACAAGCUGGGCCGCAAGAAGGUGUACGGCAUGACGCUCAUGAUCAUGGUGCUCUGCUGCGUGGCGUCGGGGCUCUCCUUCGGCUCCGGCGCCGGCGGCGUCAUGGCCACGCUCUGCUUCUUCCGCUUCUGGCUCGGCUUCGGCAUCGGCGGCGACUACCCGCUGUCGGCCACCAUCAUGUCCGAGUACGCCAACAAGCGCACCCGCGGCGCGUUCGUCGCCGCCGUCUUCGCCAUGCAAGGGUUCGGCAACCUCACGGGCGGCGUCGUCGCCAUCGUCGUCUCCGCGGCCUUCAAGCGGCGGUUCGACGCGCCGGCGUUCAAGGACGACCCCGCCGGCUCCACCGUGCCGCAGGCCGACCUCGCGUGGCGGAUCGUGCUCAUGUUCGGCGCCGUCCCGGCCCUGCUCACCUACUACUGGCGGAUGAAGAUGCCGGAGACGGCGCGCUACACGGCGCUCGUCGCCAAGAACAACAAGCAGGCCACGGCCGACAUGGAGCGCGUGCUCAACGUCCAGCUCGCCAAGGACGAGGAUGCCCCCGAACGGCGGCAGGAGCAGUUCGGGCUCUUCUCGAGGGAGUUCCUGAAGCGGCACGGGCGGCACCUGCUGGGCACGACGGUGUGCUGGUUCGUGCUGGACAUCGCCUUCUACUCGCAGAACCUGUUCCAGAAGGACAUCUACGCCGCCGUCGGGUGGCUGCCCAGGGCGGACACCAUGAACGCGCUCCAGGAGAUGUUCAGCAUCUCCCGGGCGCAGACGCUGGUGGCGCUCUGCGGCACAAUCCCGGGCUACUGGUUCACCGUCUUCCUCAUCGACGUCCUCGGCCGCUUCGCCAUCCAGCUGGGCGGCUUCUUCUUCAUGACGGCCUUCAUGCUUGGCCUCGCCGUGCCCUACGACCACUGGACCAACACCAACCCGGCGGGCUUCGUCGUCAUGUUCGCAUUCACUUUCUUCUUCGCAAACUUCGGGCCAAAUUCGACCACCUUCAUCGUGCCGGCGGAGAUCUUCCCGGCGCGGCUAAGGUCGACUUGCCAUGGCGUGUCCGCGGCGGCGGGGAAGGCGGGCGCCAUUGUUGGGUCCUUUGGGUUCCUCUACGCGGCGCAGAGCCCGGACCCGGCCAAGGCGGAGGCCGGGUACCCGCCGGGCAUCGGGGUACGGAACUCGCUCUUCCUGCUCGCCGGGUGCAACGUCGUCGGGUUCUUCUUCACGUUCCUCGUGCCGGAGUCCAAGGGGAAGUCGCUCGAGGAACUCUCCGGCGAGAACCAGGAAGACGACGACGCAGCAGCAGCAGCAGCAGCGUCCCAGUGCACGAGUACCACGCCAGCGCCGCCCACGGCUUGAUGGAACGGAACAAUAUAUAUGUAUACACACACACUAGCAGCUAGUAGUGUUUUAUGUGAGGAUCGAAGUUGGCAGAGUACGAGCGUACCUGCUUCCCUUUCGCAGCAUGCUGCUUAA